AUGGAUAGCGAUUUAGAAGAAAUAGAUGAUGAGAUUUUUGACAAUAGUGAUCUACGUAUGGAUCGUCGUCCUUUUCCUGAUGAAUGUCCCAGUGAAAUUGUUGGUAUUGAAUCUAUGUAUGUAUGUUUUGGUCAACGUUAUGAUGCUUGUCCAGUAUUCUUCGCAAGUUCUCUUCGAACAGCUUGCAAAGAAGCGUUCAGUUCAGCGAUUAUUACAGAACGUCGACCAGUACUGAUUUAUGUACACCACGAUCAAAGUGACUUCAGUAAUAUAUUUUGCUCGACAAUGUUAUGUUCAACAGUUAUUACAGAGUAUUUACUGGAGAACUAUAUUGUUUGGCCAUGGGAUAUAACCUAUGAGUCAAAUAAAAAUAAGUUGAUGGAAAUUUGGCAGGAAGUCUUUCCUUCUGAAGAUCCUGUAGAUUUUUCCAAGGAGAAAUGUCCAAUGUUAAUUGGUGUUAUGCGCUUUUCUGAAGAAGAAAAUGAAGGAUCAUUCAUCAAUGAAUAUCAAUUGAAAACAUUAUUUCAAAAUACUACAAUAACACUUGAAGAGUUAAAAAAUGAAUUAGUUAUUUUCAAAGAAGAAUGUGACAAGAGUGAACGGAUCCGAUUACGAGAUAUUCUUGCGAAGACUGGUCUUGAUUCGAAUGUAAUUCUUCAAAUAGCAAAAUAUUUAUCAUUGAACGAUGCGAUUAAUGCCUUUUCAUUCGAUAUUCUCCCAUUAUUACAUAGAACUCAAGCAAAAGUACAACUUGUUGAACCGUCUGAUCGAUUGAUCAAGCUGGUUCUACGAAAAUUGAAUUCAUCACAAGUCGUUUCUUUACGAUUCAAUACAGAAGAACGAUUAUCGAAUGCCAGUUCAAACCUACUGAGCAUAUUCAAUCAAGUUAUGUCUAUCUCACUAAUUAAUCAUCAUUCUAUACAUGAACUCAUAUUCUAUAAAAUACCUUUCCUGAAUAUCACUUCUCUUUCACUUUGGUAUGAUUACGAAAUUGCUUUCGAUGCAAUUCGUGAUAUGAUUAUUCGACUACCAGAGCGAAUCAAACGAUUUCAUCUAUAUAGUUCGGGAAUAUUUUGUGUUCAUUAUUCUCCAAAUCAAACAUAUCCAGCUAGUAGUAUAUAUUUUACUCUCGAAUAUCUUCUGAUUGAUAUGAGCUAUUUCCCAUUUGUUUCACAAAACGAUUGUAUACAAAACUAUCCAUCAUGUUUAUUAAUGGCAAUAAUUGAUCUUAUCUUGAGGGCGGGUGUCAGACGUGUGUGUCUUAUUACUAACAAAGAGAAUUUAACGAAUUUAUUGGAUAUUAAUGAAUGGAAUAAAUUAACACAUUCACACUUUAAAUUGGAACAGGUGACAUUACGAGUUUUAGGUGGCGGAUUGAACGAAAAUGAAAUUAUGCCAAACUUACCAAACAUACAAACUCUGUUCGGAGAAACAAUCAAAUUUCGAAUGAUAUUUGUUUGA